UUUACUUUCACUCAAGUAUGACAAUUGAGUACGUUUUCCGCCACUGCUGAAAUAUAAGGUAAAUGGUCACUGUUAUCAUGCCUUUUUAAUAGUGCAUAUGUAUUGGGGUGUGGAUAUGCUUAUAUUACGCAUGGUUGGAGAGCAUAUGUGUUUUGCAUAUUCUGUGUGUUCUUUACACUCCUAAACUCAGAGGGCCGCUGUUGGUCAGUGUGUUGCAGUUUUAGAGCCGAUUUGCAGCAGUACUUCCCCCAUCAUCUCGAUAUAUUAGAGAGAGAGAGAAAGAGCCGCACGCAGAGCGCGCAGUCUGGGUUACAGCGAACGUUAAUCACGGAUACCCCGAGCUGCGAUUCUUUUGUUACAAAGUGGUGGACUUGGGGCACAUCUUCCUUUCAAUUUUUUUAUACCACGAAAGCUAAUGGAAUUUGACAGAAUUACUUACGGAUUAUAACGUGUGCAAUCUUUGAGAAAAUGUCGGACAAAACAAUGACACGGCAAGUACUGUUGUUUAUCUCGGUCCUCUCUCUCAGUUCAGUGCACGGGCAAGUCAGUUACUCCAUUCCAGAGGAAAUGGCGAAAGGCUCUUUAAUCGGUAACAUGGCGCAGGAUUUGGGUUUAGAUAUAAAACGACUGAAAUCAGGUAAAGCUCGUAUUUAUACAGGAAACAGCGCAGAAUACAUCGAGUUGAAUAAAGAAAGGGGAGUUCUCCUUAUCAAAGAGAGAAUAGACCGUGAAGCGCUCUGUGGACAGACUACGCCUUGCGCACUGCAUUCACAAAUCAUUUUGGAGAACCCCAUGGAGUUGUUUCAAAUAACUAUAGAGAUCACAGACAUCAAUGACAAUGCUCCGAGCUUUAAAAAGAAUGAGAAACGUUUUGAGAUCAGUGAAUCAGCUGUGAUUGGAUCUAAAUUUGUGUUAGAGAAAGCCGGGGAUGCAGACAUAGGUUUAAAUGGUCUCCAAAGCUACUCGCUGAAACCCACAGACAAUUUCGCCUUGAAACUCGAAAAUCAGGUCGACGGGAGUAAAAAAGUAGAAAUGGUUUUACAGAAACCUUUAGAUCGAGAGAAGCAGGAGCAGGUAUCUUUAGUCUUAACUGCUAUAGAUGGAGGAGAGCCUCGGCUAUCUGGUACUGUGCAGAUACACGUCAUUGUGUUAGACGCUAACGACAAUGCUCCAGUUUUUACGCAGCCGGUUUAUAAGGCAACUAUAACAGAGAAUUCCCCCAAAGGCACCUUUUUGACGAAAGUCAGUGCAUCUGAUGCAGACACAGGCUCAAAUGGUGAAGUGUCUUAUUCCAUAUCGAAUGAUAUGGAUAGUGUAUCAGACAUGUUUCAUAUACAUGCAAAUGGAGAGGUGAUAUUAGUCGGCAAGGUUGACUUUGAAAAAGCCAAACAUUACCAAAUAGAUAUCGAAGCAAUAGACAAUGGUGGUCUAUCAGAUUCCAGUAAGGUAAUAGUUGAUGUUAUCGAUAUUAAUGACAAUGCUCCAGUAACCAGUGUACUUUCGAAAUCUAGUUCAAUACCAGAGGACUCAAUUCAAAAUACGGUUGUAGCUAUGUUCAGCGUCCACGAUCCUGACUCUGAUAGUAACGGUCAGGUACACUGUGGUAUAAAUGAAAAUAUCCCAUUUACUAUUAAAUCUACAUCAAAUGGUUUUUACAGCCUAGUAACUGACAGUGAAUUGGACCGAGAGAGAGCCUCUGAGUAUAACAUCAGUGUGACGUGCUCUGAUGAGGGCGUGCACUCGCUCUCCAGCAGCGUCACUCUCACCUUACAGAUAUCAGAUGUGAAUGACAACGCGCCUGUCUUUGGGAGAAGCUCAUAUGAGGCCUACAUUAUAGAAAACAACACACCGGGCCUCUCUAUAUUCACAGUGAACGCAAGAGACGCUGACUGGAACCAGAACGCCCGUGUUUCUUACAUACUGGAGGACUCCUCGGUUAACGGAGUCCCUGUCUCCUCAUAUGUGUCCAUUAGUGCUGAUAGUGGAGUCAUCCAUGCAGUGCGCUCUUUUGACUAUGAGCAUAUCAAAUAUUUCCAGUUCCGCGUAAAAGCGCAGGAUGGAGGCUCCCCUCCUCUCAGUAGCAAUGUGACUGUGAAAAUAAUGAUCCAGGACCAGAAUGACAACGCGCCUCAGGUUCUGUACCCAGUCCAGACUAGCAGCUCUCUGGUGGCUGAAAUGGUGCCUCGUUCAGCAGAUGUUGGCUAUCUUGUCACUAAAGUGGUGGCUGUUGAUGUGGACUCUGGACAGAAUGCCUGGCUCUCGUAUAAACUGCAGAAAUCGACAGACAGGGCGCUGUUUGAAGUGGGCUUACAGAAUGGGGAAAUAAGAACUAUACGCCAAGUCAACGAUAAAGAUGCUGUGAAACAAAGGCUCACUGUUGUUGUGGAGGACAAUGGGCAGCCCUCUCGUUCAGCUACAGUCAAUGUUAACGUGGCGGUGGCGGACAGCUUCCCCGAAGUGCUCUCGGAGUUCACUGACUUUACGCACGACAAGGAGUACAAUGACAAUCUGACUUUUUACUUAGUCUUGGCUCUGGCUGUAGUCUCAUUUUUCUUUAUUGUGUCCAUCAUAGCCAUCCUGUCAGUGAAAUGCUACAGAUGGAGACGAGAGCGCAUGUUUUACAAAUCCAACGGGAAUCUCCCAGUUAUUCCGUAUUACCCGCCCCUUUACGCAGACGUUGGAGGAACAGGCACCCUGAGACACGUGUAUAAUUACGAGGUGUGUGGAACAGCUGACUCCAGAAAAAGUGAUAUGAAAUACGUCAGACCUUACAGUCAGAGCGUCAUUAGUCUGGACGGAACACAGACACUCCCCAACGCGCAGAGGGACACACUGAUCAAUGAUGAUGGGGAUAACCAGCAAAAGCCUCCGAACGCUGACUGGCGCUUCACACAAGGACAGAGACCUGGACCCAGUGGGGCUGGAGGUCCCCCUGAGAUGGCCAUGGGAACAGGACCCUGGCCCAACCCCCCCACUGAGGCCGAGCAGCUCCAAGCCCUGAUGGCCGCAGCCAACGAAGUGAGCGAGGCGACCGCAACCCUGGGGCCGGGCACCAUGGGACUAAGCACCCGUUACAGCCCCCAGUUCACCCUGCAGCACGUGCCCGACUACCGCCAGAACGUCUACAUCCCUGGCAGCACCGCCACCUUGACCUCCAACCCCCAGCAGCAGCAGCAGCAGCAGAUGGCAGCCCAACAUCAGGCCCUGCAGGCCCAGCCUUCUGAGGCCGCCCCUCAGCCUGAACCCCCCAAGGCUGCCCAGACCCCCGCCUCCAAGAAGAAGUCCACCAAGAAGGAGAAGAAGUAGGAUGGGUGGAGGAUGGAUAGAUAUGGAAAAUACGAUGAGAAAAGAGAAAACCGAACCGAUGAGGACUGAAAUCCCCCCCCCACCCCACCCCCUACGUUUCCUCUCAAUGCGUUUACUCUAACCAGGGUCUGGAUUCUAUUGGUCACGCUCAUAUGAUAACACGAAAUAUGGAGAUGUUUGCGAAUGUUUGUCUUUGGGCUCUUGAAUCUGGAAUGCGUUGACAUUUUGUUUUUGUUUUCUUGAUGAAAGCUAUCUAGAAACAGUUGUUUUCUUGCUGAAAGCUAUCUAGAAACAGUUGUUUUCUUGCUGAAAGCUAUCUAGAAACAGUUGUUUUCUUGCUGAAAGCUAUCUAGAAACAGUUGUUUUCUUGCUGAAAGCUAUCUAGAAACAGUUGUUUUCUUGCUGAAAGCUAUCUAGAAACAGUUGUUUUCUUUGGAAAGUCUAUAUGUUCUAAAAAAACAAAAGAAGUAUUAUCAGUAUUUGCAGAUACGGAAGACUGGGGAUUCAGGGGGGAUUGUGUUUUGGUUAAAUCAAUACAUUUGGAUGCACUUCAGACACAACAGAGUGUAAACAACUUUGCUCAGAUAACAAGGAUUUGCCCAGUGAUGUAUUCACGUAUUCAUGUUGGAUUAUAAUUAUAAUUCCUUAUUUUCCUGAGACUGAAAGUAGAUCCUUGUUUGACUAUAGUAGAUUGCCAUGAUAAGAUUCCUAUAUAGGAUCAGCCUUAUAGGAUCCUACACCACAGCUCUUUGGGACACGGGAAUGGGCAUUCCAUUGUACUGGUACAGUAGUAUUCCGAUCUGCAUGUCCCUAUGUGUUCAAACCACAGACCUUCCAGAAGAUUCAACUAUGCAUUGAAUUAGUGUUGCAACGAGGACGACCACCUUAAAAAAAAAAUACAGGUCGACAAAUGCCCUCGUAGCGUUUACCUGAUGUGGUAUCUAAAAACUAUAAAUAUUAUUUUGUAAGCGUAGUUAAAUGGUAAGAUUUGAAUCUUUCACUGUUUAUAUGACCUGAGCAUGAACUCUAUUAGAAAAGUAGCACCGAGGAUGAGGGGCAUGUUAUAGUACUAUCAGCCCUAUUUUCUGGCUUGUUGGCAUAGUAGGCGCUGCCCCCCUUUUAAAACUACCCAGAUGGGUAUAGAGACCCUCCUGCUGCCCACCCAUGCACCUCUAUCCCCUCCUCAACCAGAUGAUGUGCCCUCCCCUCACUGGCUGUCCCACUUUGAGAGCCAGACCAUAGAGAUGCACUGUUCAUACUAUAAAGAUGAGACGCAGGGUCAAAAUAACUUCAAAGUAGAGAUCUUUCACGGCGUGCUUAGGAGUUAGACAAUUCUUAGGCCGCUAGAGUCUAGAUUGAGUGUUCAUCCCUUGCUACCUACCCUGAAGUGCUGAUGACUAUAUUUCUUGACGUGGGAAGUGUUUUUUUGAUGACUCAGCAGUAUAAGAUAAGUAUGAAGUCUUUUCUUUGCCGCCAGUCUGUCCGGCAACUAGCUGGACACCACUGCAUGAAGAGGGCAGCUUACAGGCUGGGUUCAAGGGGGAGUGGAGAGCGGUGGGCUGAGUGGUACGACGUCUGGCUUUGUACAAUCAGAUUGCCGGGGAGGGGGGGCAAUGACCUUGUCUCUACUCACUGAAUGUACACAGGCCCCACUGUUGACCCUCCCUCCUAGUCCACCCCGAAACGUCCUCGAAUGCACUGACCCAGGUUAGAGGUCAACAGAGCCAAGCACAUCCCUCCAUGUCACAGAGGAGAUACCACUUCAGAAGCAGGGAGGAGGGACAGAGUUAGCUCUUCGCUGUAUCUAUCCCCUCUGUAAAUGCAUUCUGGCAACGCUAACCUCAGACUCUCCCCUUGCUUCCAUCCCUCCACCCCCUGGUCCUGUGAAGGCUCUCCCCUUGCUUCCAUCCCUCCACCCCCUGGUCCUGUGAAGGCUCUCCCCUUGCUUCUAUCCCUCCACCCCCUGGUCCUGUGAAGGCUCUCCCCUUGCUUCCAUCCCUCCACCCCCUGGUCCUGUGAGGGCUCUUCCCCUCUGUAAAUAAACACUAGUCCUGUCGAUGGUAUGAGCCAAUUGUUUGUAUAGUACGGACCACAUCCAGAAUUUUCAAACUAAAAGUCCUCUCUCCUCAAGGCGUGGCUUACUGGAAUGUGUUGUAUUUGUUUUUCAAGAAAAAUAAGAAAACUACAACGGGGGAAAAAAAAUGUUCUUCAACAGUUUGUGUUGCAAUGUAGUAACUAAGCACCAUGAAGGCCAACUAACUAACUCUUCAGUGUAAAUAUAAAGAAAGUUGCUAAUACCUUUAGACGAUAAGUAAACAGAGUGACACACACGUAGACUAGUUAACUUGUGAUAUGUGUUGCGCAUAUUAUUGUGUUCAUUUUCUCUCUCUCUAUUUUACUACCCUGUAAAAGAAACGAAACAAAAAAAAUUAUAUUGAAAAAAAAUGUUUCUAUCCUUCUGUAACUUUUUUUCCCGUGCUUUAUCUUGUGCAUUUGCGCAAGAAUGCCUCUCUGUCCAUAUGAGCAAAUGAUUAUAAAUAUUAUGUGUGUGUGUACGUCCGUCCGCUGCUGAAUUAAUCCUCUCUCGUGCUGUAAUAUCUCUCUUAUGAAAUGCUUAGACCUCCUACGCUCCUCCCGGUGUUUAGUCUCUUCAUUUUUAUGCUAAUAUUUAUAUUACUGUUUUACUUUCUCUUGAACACUGACAUUUCAAAUAAAAGGCUCUGAAAUCAUUAAA